CAUCGUUGGCCCCAAUAAUUCAUCUACCUUAAACAUAAAGCAAAAGAAACAUAACCUGCAAAAGGUAAAAAAACCCCAAAUACUUCAAAGAAAUGAAGAACCUUGUCCUCCUAAUUUUCAACAUAAUUAUGUUAUCAAUAGGCAACGUUGGUGGCCCUUUAAUCUCUCGUCUCUACUUCAUUCAUGGUGGCAAAAGAAUUUGGAUCCCCAGUAUGUUACAAACGGUUGGUUGUCCAAUUAUUCUCAUUCCUUUAGCCUUAGCCUAUUUCCAACGAAGGAAACUCCAAGGACCCCAGGCUAAAAUAAUCUUUAUUCAACGUCAAGAGUUCAUUGCCUCUGCAGGUGUCGGAAUCAUCGCUGGACUUGAUGGAUAUUUGAACUCAUGGGGACCAGCUAAGUUACCAGUUUCGACAUCAACGUUAAUUAACGCAACGCAGUUAGCAUUCACUGCUUUAUUUGCUGUGCUAAUUGUUAAGCAGAAAUUAACAGCGUAUUCGACGAAUUCGGUUGUUUUAUUGAUUGUUGGGUCAGCAACGUUAGCUCUAAGAGCUAACGGUGAUCGGCCCCAGGGGGAAUCGUCGAAGGAUUAUAUGUUGGGAUUUAUUAUGACGUUUGUUGGGGCGGUGUUUUAUGGGUUGAUGUUGCCGUUAAUUGAGUUGAUUUAUAUGAAAGCGAAAAAUGCUGUUACUUAUACUACUGUGUUGGAGAUUCAAAUGGUUAUUGGUAUCUCUGCUACUGUUUUUUGCACUGUUGGGAUGAUUAUUAACAAGGAUUUUCAAGCCAUUCCAAGGGAAGCAAGUCAAUAUCAAAUUGGAGAAACUAUGUACUAUAUGGUACUAGUAUGGUGUGCAAUUAUUUGGCAAUUCGCGCUAUUAGGACUAGUCGGAGUAAUUUUCUAUUCUUCAUCGCUGCUUUCUGGAAUUAUCGGUGCAUUUUUACUUCCCGUAACUGAAGUAUUAGCUGUAAUUUUAUUCCACGAAAAAUUUCAAGCUGAAAAAGGAGUUGCUAUUUUUCUGGCUCUAUGGGGAUUUGUUUCAUAUUUUUAUGGUGAAUAUGAGCAAGGCAAGAAGGAGAAGAUGAUGAAGUUGAAGAAAACUGAGAGUCAAAUGUCACAACAAUUAGAUAUGGACCAAACGUCACAUGUUGUGUAGCAAAGUUAUGGACAAAUAAUAAUGCAUGUACCAUUUAUGUUCUUGUAUUAUCGUAUGCCAUUAAUUAUUAGGUGCAGAAAAAAAAAAAUGCUAUAGCCUAUAUUCAUCUGGCAGAUGCAAAAAUCUGGCCUUAAAAGAUGUGACUAGAAUUUAUUGGUUACAUACAACUGCCCAAUACACAAACAUGUUUAGCACUA